AUGUGGUCCUUAGUACACACGCUGCUGGCGGCUCUUGCCUUAGCGAGCCCCACCGAUCUAAGCUCAGACGUAUUGAAAGAUGAAGUCAUGCCUGGAAUUAGCGCUCAACAGUAUGGUGACUGGGUUGUGCCAGGGGAUAGCCGUGAUGAUAACGACAGUCCUCUGACUAUCGAAUCACUUUCGCAGGCCGCUGCUUCUUCAACAGCACUGAUGGAGCUCAGAGCUGCACUGACUCCAAUCGUUACCACUUGGUACUCUGUCUACGUUACAACACAUACUGAUGAAAAGACAGUGGUUUUGCCUCAUGUCACCCCACCACCAAGGCUUUAUACAAGAACAACAGCUUGGACAACCACCGAAUAUUCUACCACAUCUGACGAGUACGUGCUAAAUUGGGAUGACGAUGAGGUAUCGACGCCUGGACCAAUUUUGACUACCUGGUACUCUGUACUAGUGACAACCCAUACUGAUGGAUUGCAUGUGACAGUGCCUCGUGUGACAUCGAAGCCCAGGCUUUACACGACCACGAGAGAGUGGGAAGUGACUGAAUACUCGACUACAACCGACGAUUUGGUGAUCUCAUGGGAUUACAGUGAUCCCUCGUCAACUCCAGAAUCAACCAGCCACAUCAUCGCCUGUAAGCCCGACGCUUGCACCGGCCAGUUCAUCGAGUCCCGAGCCGGAACGGACAGAAACGACGACAUUGACUAUUUGUACGAAAUGUACAGAGAAGGCAACACCGUCCAGUCUGGUAACGACGACAUCUACGAUUUGCACGAAAUGUACAGAGAAGGAGUCACCGAGCACGAGCACGACGAGCACGAGUACGACACCAAGCACGAGUACGACACCGAGCACGAGUACGACACCGAGCACAACAUCAACGAGCACGACACCGAGCCCAACAUCAACUACUCAUCGUCAACAAGCUCGACAACGAGCAUUGUACCAAACACGGAGCCCCCAACAAGCCCAGAGACUACCCCACUGCCACAACACACACCGGAAACAACAGAGACCAAUGUUCCAGUCACGACAGAACAUCAAAACCCCCCUGAUACUCCUCCUAUCUCGUUGCCAUCCGACACGGGUUUGACCCCCAUUCCCGUCGUGUCCCUGACCACCACUGUGACGCAUUCUGAUAUCCCCCCCUUGGAAACCUCGACUGAAUCGACAAAGAUGGACGCUGUUUCAAGCUCACCUACGGUGGAAUUGGUUCCUCCGCCUGCUGCUACACCAACCUACAGUCCCCCAGGCGAAGACACCCCUCCGCCUGCUGCUACACCAACCUACAGUGCCCCAGGCGAAGACAUCCCUCCACCAGAUACGGUUGUGCCUGUUGAGACACCAUUGAUCUAUGUACCAGUGCCGCCUCUGCCCGCAGAAUCAGACUCAAUUGUGCCGGUUGAAACACCGAUUCCACCCGUGGUGGAACCAGCUCCUUCAAUCGUGCCUGCUUCGACACAGAUUGUACAAAUCUCCUCUGAUCUUAUACGACCGGUGGAAAUUCCUCCUACUGGUACAGGGGUAGCGGAAUCUAACUCGGGUAUUCUACAUAAUGCCAACCUACUUGGAGUCUUCUUCGCGAUUCUAGCUAUUAUCUAA